AAGAAUAUACUCUUUUGCCCUAGUUAGCUUCUUCUUCUUUCUUGGUCUUCCUUCAUUUUUCCUUCAUUUCCGCACCUUUUCUUUAUUUUUAGUGUUCCAUUGCCUCAAAUCGUAUCAUAUUUCAAGCAAGUUCUUUCUCCUCUUCUGUCUGUUUUGCGUUUUUGCACUAUUGUCAGCCUUCAGAGACAUGGGCAGACCUCUGGCCGUGUUAUUUCACGCAACUUCUCUCUCCUCUUCCUCUUUUCCGUUUUUGUACCAUUCUCAGCCUUCACAGACAUGCACAGACCUUUGCCCGUACUAUUUCACGCAAGUUCUCUCUCCACGCGCGUUUUGGCGAGUCUCAGUACUCAUAGCUCAUUCCAUGCUUCACAAUUCGUAAAAUCUCAAAGCCACAGUCUCACUUACGCCUUUUAGGGAAUCUUUCUUAAUUCAAAUUCAAAUCUAGCCUUAUAUCACUUCACGUAAGGCCGAGCUUCACCAAAAUGAUAUGAGGUUUUCGUCUCUACUCUUUAAUUUUUUCUGACCAGCCUUCAAAUCGACUAUUGAACCAGCCGCAACUCUAUUAUCCUAGCAGAACCCUAGUUUUAAAUUUCUUUCCCUUCGGCCUCUGUUGUUCUUUAGAUAUGACAGUCCUAGGUCGUAUUUUGCUCGUUUCGGUUGCGGAGUAGCUGAUCUGAGACCCGUGAAGUAGACCUCCUUCUCCAAGUUUGCUGCGUAACAGAGGGGUUGCUUAUGGAUAAAGGAAAAUUUACGGACGAAGCCAGGCAUAUUCAACAACUAAUCUCUACUAAGAGAGAUGUAUGCCUCCCAGCAAGGAGAUAUUUGGUUAAUGAGUUAAGUCUUCGCCAAAAAAACUACAUGCCUCUAACUGAUUGGAAACCCAAAUGCGGUGCUCGGAAACUCAACUAUAGAGUGGCUGACACAACAUUGACUGAAUGUCGACUCAUUUCGGAUACACGAAUAGUACUUAGGGGUAUACUGAAAUUCUUUUUCAAGCUAUUUGAGGAGGAUAAAGCUACUACACAAAACAUUGACAUACAUAAUUUUCUAGUCGCACCUCAAACUUUGAAGAUAGUGACAGUUGAUGUAACCUUCGUCGACUACUCUCCUUCUGCUCGUAGUACUAGCAUAGUCCAGUUGACAAAAAUCAUUAAGAAAUUUGUUGGAGAAAAUGAUUUACCAAAAGAUGUGAUCCACCUGUUAGAUUACCUUCAAACACAUGAAUCUCCUCGUUCCAGGGAGGAGGUGGUAUUACUACACCCCUGUACAUAUGCAAACUGCACAUUAGCUGCAUUCCUCACUUACAUCCAUAGUUUGUACUCUUGCGCUGUUAAGAAAAGAAAUCAGGCUGUGUUGUAUAAUUUCCGAGCGAUAGCUCAGCAUAUGACACGACCCACCUUACCAAGGAUACUGGUUGAUCCAAGUAGUAACCUGUGGAAAAGCAGGUACGACGAUACUGCAAACCGUAAUAUGCAUAAUCCAGACUUUGGAGGACCUUUGGGUGUAAUGAUUUUCAUGAGACAUGGACUGGUGCACGAAGAUGUCAAACAAGAGAAGGCGAAAAAUCCCCGUACACUUGAUGCUGUGGAAAAUGACCUUUACGUCUUUUUUCCCACAUAUGUUCCAAAUUUUGUGAGGUACAUGAUCGAGCUUAACCUUUUUAGAGGGUGUUGGAUGUCGUAGAUUGGGAAGUUCAUGAUAAGUGUUCUUUAAAGCAGAGAAAUGCCUUUUCUAGCAGAUUUGUGAAUCAUGAUAAUCUCAAGAAAACAGAUUGUCUGGGGACUGAAAGUAGUUUUGCAGACGAAUUUUGUAUUCAGUUGUGGUUACAAAUAUGCACUCUAGUACUUCGCAUUUGAUAAUAUUGCAGAUAUGAUGCAUGACGGAUGUCAGAGAGUAAGAGUGAAGUGUGAUAUCCUAGCUGUCUAGUAGCAUGGGAUUACUUUUUUUGGUCUAUAUUAGUAAUCAAGAUAUAAUGCUUGACUUUGUCUCAAAAACUCAAAAGCAGUCUUAUCUUAGCCCUUAAUCUUCGACUCGUGGCAGGAAAAAGAUAUUUUCAGAUUUCACUUGUUUGAGACUAUACCACUCUUGAAAGCAUCUAAUGUACUUAGUAUUCUUUGUCUUGUUAAAAAA